CCUGACUGCGUCGCUCGCGCUGUAGGUGUAUGUUAACCCGGGGAGAUUAGUCACAUCCGGUCGGUUCGCGGUUCGGGAAGAGAGAUGAAGGUGUUCCACUGGACCAUCGCGAUUCUCAGUCACUGGUGUCUGUUAAAGGUGCAGGGCCUGGAUGAGCAGCUCUCUGAGUCUCUGGACUUCCUGGCUGUGGGCCCAGCGGGCUCCGUGCUGAAGGCUCUUCCUCAUGGAGGGGGAGCUGAAGCCGCUGGGGCAGUGGCCCCCCCCUUUCGGGCCUCCCGGAUCUUCUCCACCCUUGACGACCCCGCCUCCGAGUCUCAACCCCCCAGCUACAGCCUCCUGAGCCCGUCCGACUGGGCGCGGAACCAGUCCCUCCCCCAGAACCCGCCAGCGUCCCGCGCCAGGCGCCGGGCCCCGCUGAAGACCGCCAUGAAGGCCAAGAAGAUCUUCGGCUGGGGCGACUUCUACGUCAACAUCAAGACGCUCAAGUUCAGCCUGCUGGUGACCGGCAAGAUCGUGGACCACGUCAACGGCACCUUCAGCGUCUACUUCCGCCACAACUCGUCCGUCCUGGGCAACGUGUCCAUCAGCAUCGUCCCGCCCAGCAAGGCCGUGGUGUUCGAGGCUCCGCCCUCCUCGCCCUCGCUCCGCCCACGCCACGACCCGGAGGCGGAGCUGCGGGACAAGCAGCAGUCCACGCUGCACGCCAGGGAGAAGGUGGCGUUCAACUGCCAGGUCGAGUACGAGAAGACCAACCGCGUGCGGAAGCCGCGGCCCUGCCUGUACGACCCGGCCCAGACCUGCUUCCUGGAGCACACGCAGUCCCACACCGCCUGGCUCUGCGCCAAGCCCUUCAAGGUCAUCUGCAUCUUCAUCUCCUUCUUCAGCGUGGACUACAAGCUGGUGCAGAAGGUCUGCCCGGACUACAACUUCCAGAAUGACCUCCCGUACUUCGGGUGACAGGAACCUCUGAGGGUACCACUGGGGGAUUUGGGGGAUUUGGGGGGGGGGGGGGCUGUUGAAUAUAUGUAAUUCCUCCUCUCCCCAGCACACAGGACAAGGUUUUUUUGGGGGGGUGUGGGUGGGAUGGAUGUUAUUCAGUUGCACUGUAUCAUGUCCUGACAUUUAAAAUGUUUACUCCCAUUCCCCCCCAGUUUGUGAAAAGCCCAGUUUGUGUUUAUAUCACUGCUCAAUGCUACAGCCUCCAGGAGGGAGAGUCAGUACUGCCUCCGGCACUGACACAGUCUGGCCUUCACACCAGACCCAUCCAGACCCACCCAGACCCAUCCAGACCCAUCCAGUCCCAUUCUGACCCAUUCUGACCCAUCCUGACCCAUCCUGACCCAAGCAGACGCAUUCAGACCCAUCCUAACCCAUCCAGACCAAUCCAGACCAAACCAGACCAAACCAGACCAAACCAGACCCAUCCUGACCCAUCCAGACCCAUCCAGACCCAUCCAGACCCAUCCAUGCACAACAGGGCCUUAACAGGAUGAGUCAGCCAGCAGCCCCAAGCUUUCCUCCAUUACUUUUGAUUUAGAUCAAAUGCAUGUUCGCAUCAGAGCGUGACUCUCUCAGCGACUCUGUGCCGAACCUCCCUGCCAAUUUAUCCAGGUCAACCGACUCUCACUCAACUUAUUAAUAUCACACUCAAAUAAAUAUGUUAAUUAUUUUGUGGAACUGUUCCCCAGUGAUUGCUGUGGUUAAAGCAACAGCAGCAGUGUGUCUGUGCGCUCACAGCCAACGAUGAACAGUGUUUGGUCCAGUGUGUGGGACCGCAGGAGGUGAAGGAGGUGAUGGCAGGAGGUGGCCGAAGGAGGUGACUAGAGGAGGUGACAGCUGGUACCAGUAGAACUGACUGCACCUUGUUUGGCCCUGGAAGAUUAAAGUCUGCCAGCUCAUUUAUAAACAUUUGCUCUGCUGCAAUUAAUAGACUAUUCACAGAAUUUUUUUAAAUACUGUGACUUGGAUAUUUUCAUGAAAAAACUCACAGUAAGACUGGAAAUAACUUUAAAAUGAAAACAGACAAGAAAAAAAAAGUCUCGAACUUGAGAGAAGGAAACCACACUCAGAUAUUGCAUUUUCCCGUGUGUAUCAUCCAUUUAAAGUAUGCUUUUCUCCCCCAGUUCUGACAGAGGAAUGGAGUUUUCUAAUUUAAUUUAUUGUUGUUUACUCAGCUACUGGGUGUGAGCGAGCGGCGGAGAACGCCAGACCGCUCGUCCCGUGGUAAAUCUGGAGAAUACUCUCAUGUAUACGCUGUAUGUAAAUAUGACACGCGCAUUAAAACUGAUGAAGCCGUCUUCCUGUUUGGAGCUGUGAUUCUGAGCGUGAAUGAUGAAGCUGAAGCUGAAGCGAAUGAUGAAGGAACAUCCGUGGGGAGAAAC